UUCCUGGUUCAGCUGCGUUCUAGACAGAAUCGAUUAUCGAGCAUACAUAGCUGCAUACACAAUCGUCGAUAUUCUACGUUCGCAACCGUAGAGCUUCUGCAAUGUUCCGCUCACUACUCUCGCGUGGCGGCCUCAUCCGCAACGACAGCUACAUUUUCCCCACCGUCGACCCAAACGAAGAUGGUCCAGACUGCAAAAUGGACUGCGCAGACUGUACGGUGCAAUUUCCGUCCAAAGUGAAGGUUGAAACCUCGAGACCGCUGUACGGCCACAUCAAAGAAUUCCAUACCCAUGUCCUGGUCGCGACAGGCAAGUCGGAUUGGACCGAGAGAGUCGAGAAUGAGAAAGGGUCUCUGAUGGAAGCAUUUGAUGAGUCCAACAAGUCAAAGCAUGGUCGCAUCAUGGUCUCCGCUUCAAAUCUCGAAUCCCCAGAGACCGAUGAGAAAACCGACGGAACCACAAUCCUGCUACUACCAUCAUUCACCUUCAUCGACUCCGUUCAACGAAGCGACGCCAAUGAAGUCAUUACUCGCUUCAUCGACGCUCCAUUAUCCCAGAACGGCAUCCCCCCCAACCCCGAGUCGAAACUCUUCCCCCGACCAUGUCAGUACGAUUACGUGGUGCUACUGUGCUCUCAUCGGCGACGCGACGCCCGCUGCGGAAUCACGGCUCCCUUGAUCAAGAAAGAGCUGGAGCGACACCUGCGCCCUCUGGGGCUGUACCGCGAUGCGAACGACGAGCGCCCCGGUGGCGUGGGAAUCUUCUUCGUAUCACACGUGGGCGGACACAAGUUCUCCGCGAAUGUUCUGAUCUACCGCAAGGAGCAGGAGCAGAUGAUCUGGCUGGCUAGAAUCAAGCCGGAGCAUUGCGAGGGAGUCGUCAAAUACACCCUCUUGCAGGGCAAAGUGGUUCACCCCGAGUCGCAGUUGCGAGGAGGGUUUGAUAGAAGUCGUGGUGUGACAAGUUGGUAAUAGUGCUGUGGGGAUAUUUUAUAGAUACAUCAAAAUUAGAACUAAUACACCAAGUAAUGAGACCAAUGAUACUGCAAUGGCUGAGCAAUGGCUUUAC